AUGGGACCCCCUAAAUCGAAAAAAAGGGUGAGAAAACAGGCAGAUCCAGAAAUUGGCGAUGCAAUCAGUCAGUUGAAUAAAAUAGCUGAAAAUGUAUCAGAAGGAAAACCGUACGACGAAUUUGGAAAGUAUGUAGCUGCAGAGCUGCGUCAAUUAUCCCAACGUGAGGCUAUUUUAUUGCAGCAAGAAAUUCAGAAUUCUAUUACACGUGUAAAGCUAAUGUGUUUGGGAAAUGAUAAUCAACUAAAUAAUUACUACAGAGAGCCCCUUCAAGUACAAACUUUUUCACCGUUAUCCUCCCCCAGUGAUCCCAGCCCUGCCUCAUUAGCAACAUAUGAAGCAAAUGUGUUAUGGUAA